UUUGUUUAUUUCUUUGCAGUUAUGUGGCUGUGGGCUGCUGGGUGUGGGCAUCUGGCUGUCGGUGUCGCAAGGAAACUUCGCCACAUUUUCUCCUAGCUUUCCAUCGCUUUCAGCUGCCAACCUAGUGAUUGCCAUUGGCACAGUCAUCAUGGUGACCGGCUUUCUGGGCUGCCUAGGUGCUAUCAAGGAAAAUAAGUGCCUCCUGUUGAGCUUUUUCAUCGUUUUGCUGAUAAUUCUCCUGGCAGAGCUGAUAUUACUCAUUUUGUUCUUUGUUUAUACGGACAAGGUCAGUGAAAGUGCAAAGAAGGAUUUGAAGGAAGGUAUGAAGCUAUACAAUUCAGAAAAUAAUGUUGGACUGAAAAAUGCAUGGAAUAUCAUUCAAGCAGAGAUGAAAUGCUGUGGUGUGAAUGACUUUACGGAUUGGUACCCAGUGCUGGGAGAAAACACUGUCCCAGACCGAUGUUGUACUGAAAACUCCCAGGACUGUGGACGGAACUCCACCGAGUUAGUGUGGAAAACGGGAUGUUACGAGAGAGUUAUGACCUGGUUCGAUGAGAAUAAGCAUAUCCUUGGUUCGAUUGGGAUGUGCGUCCUCAUAAUGCAGGUAAUACUG